AUGUUAUCCGGUCUCCGCAACUCAUCCAGACGGGCUGUUCGCCUACCCACUUCUAGGAACUUGCGUGUGGUUCGCCCGGCUGCUGCAAUUCCCUCAACCUCUUCGUCCUCCCCACUCCGCGCAACUGCUUCGUCGUACGCUACCACCGGUCUCUCGCCGUCGCCAUUGUCCACCCGGUCCACCGUUAUCCAGCUGCUCAACAACAUUGGGUCCAAGAGGGAAGUGGAGCAAUACUUGUCACACUUCACGUCCGUUCAAUCCCAGCAAUUUGCCGUCAUUAAGGUGGGUGGGGCAAUCAUUACGGAGCACUUGGAUUCGCUGUCAAACUCACUGUCCUUCCUCAACCAUGUCGGGUUAUUCCCCGUCGUCGUUCACGGUGCGGGUCCACAGCUUAACAAGAUGCUGGAGGCGGCGGGUGUGGAACCCCAAUUUGAGGACGGGAUCAGGGUUACGGAUGGAAAGACCCUUGCCCUGGCAAGACAGCUGUUCCUCGACGAGAACUUGAAGCUUGUCGAGGCCUUGGAGAAGCUCGGGGUUCGGGCUAGGCCCAUCACCGGCGGUGUUUUCCAAGCCGACUACCUGGACCGCCAGAAGUACGACCUCGUGGGAAAGAUUACAAGCGUUGACAAGCGUCCCAUUGAGGCUGCUAUCAAGGCGGGGUGUCUUCCGAUUUUGACGUCAACAGCAGAAACAGCCGAGGGGCAGCUGUUGAACGUCAAUGCGGAUAUUGCGGCUGGUGAGCUCGCACGGGCCCUCCAGCCCUUGAAGAUUGUGUACUUGUCCGAGAAGGGUGGUCUAUUCAAUGGCGAGACUAAUGAGAAGAUUUCCACCAUCAAUUUGGACGAGGAGUACGCUGGCUUGAUGGAGCAGUGGUGGUGCCGGUAUGGGACGAGGCUGAAGAUCAAGGAGAUUAAGGAGUUGUUGGAUGGAUUGCCUAGGACCUCCAGUGUUGCUAUCAUCGCUACCGAAGAUCUCCAGAAGGAGCUCUUCACCGAUACUGGUGCUGGGACUCUCAUAAGGAGAGGUAACAAGCUUACCGCUAUGUCUAGCGUUGAUGGGUUCGAAGAUAGAACACGGUUGGAGGAGGUCCUAGGCAGGGAGAAGAGCGACGUUUCGGAAUACCUGAACUUUUUGCGGUCAACAAAAUUCAAGGCAUACGCCGAUGAGCCUCUUGAGGUUCUGGCAAUUGUGAUUCCGGGUGAAGGCCCCAACGAUCCUGCCAGGCUGGACUUCUUCUCGUCGACUAAAGCUGGGUGGCUGGGCAACGUGGCCGAUAACGUCUUCAACUCGAUCAAGAAGGAAUACCCCAGGUUGAUUUGGUCUGUCAGGCAGGGCGAUGGACAAUUGAGCUGGCAUUUCGACAAGUCUCAGGGAAGCUUCAACCACGGGGACCAAGUUCACUUCUGGUACGGGUAUGAGGGACCCGAAGAAGUCAAAUCUUUGAUCGGGGGCUUCUUGGCCGAUGCUGGUAGCCGUGAGUCCGGAAGGUCUGAGGGAGCCGUUACCGGUAUCAAACAACAGGCUAGGGGUUUCUUGACAGCUACAAGGCCAGGAUCCCGAUGGGCUGCUUCAAUGGGAUCCGUUCUUCGCCAACCGCGACGGGGAUUUGCCUCUACAAACCCGAACCCUCCCUUGGGCUCGAGCAACGCAACCAACGGCAAGCCUUCCAAGGUAGCGUUAAUUGGUGCUAGAGGUUACACUGGACAAGCUUUGAUAAGUCUCAUCAAUUCUCACCCCCAUUUCGAUCUUACCCAUGUUUCAUCUCGAGAGCUGGCUGGAAAGAAGCUUGAGGGAUAUACCAAGGACGGGAAGGAAAUAGUCUACCAGAACCUGGGUGUUGAGGAUAUUAGAAGGAUGGAGGAGAAUGACGAAGUUGACUGUUGGGUUAUGGCUCUUCCCAAUGGUGUUUGCGGACCAUUUGUAGAUGCAGUUGAAGAUGUUGGGAAGGCCAAGAGCGUGAUUGUCGACUUGAGUGCCGAUUUCAGGUUCGAUCGCAAAUGGACUUAUGGAUUGCCUGGUAUGUAUGUCCUUAUGGCGAUGGGACUGGGCGAUUGCGCUGAUAAAUUGGGAAUUUAGAGCUUGUGCCCAGGGAGACCUUGACCAAAGCUUCUCGUAUCUCCAACCCUGGAUGUUAUGCCACCGCAGCCCAGAUUGCUAUCGCACCUUUAGCGCCCUACCUCGCCGGUUCUCCUACCAUAUUUGGUGUAUCUGGUUAUUCUGGGGCUGGAACAAGGCCAAGUCCUAAAAAUGACGUCAAUCAGUUGAAGGACAACUUGAUGCCUUAUAGCUUGACUGACCAUAUCCACGAGCGUGAAAUUGGAACUCAACUCGGUGUUCCAGUUGCCUUCAUUCCUCAUGUCGCAGUUUGGUUCCAGGGAAUCCACCACACUGUUAGCAUUCCGCUGGCCAAGGGGAUGACUUCACGAGAGAUUAGGAAUUUGUACCAGGACAGGUACGCCGGGGAGAAGCUCAUCAAAGUUACUGGAGAGGCUCCUCUUGUCAAGAACAUUUCCGGCAAGCAUGGCGUGGUAGGUUUAUAUAUGUCUUCCUAUUUCUACUAAGGGGUGACUUUGUUGACAAUCAAACAGGAGGUCGGUGGCUUCGGCGUCCACUCCUCCGGAGAGAGAGUAGUUGUCUGCGCAACUAUCGACAAUUUACUUAAGGGAGCUGCUACACAAUGUCUUCAGAACAUGAACUUGGCUCUCGGAUACGGCGAGUACGAUGGUAUUCCUUUGGAUUGA